GGGCGUCCGUCAGCUGUACGGCUCCUGGACGAAACGUAGCGCACACUGCUCCGGUGCGAUCCGGCUAGCUCCAGGAUGCAGUUGAGGUCUAUGACUCAAAGCUAUUCGCAUGUCAGUUUCAUAUUCAAAUUUUUUCUAGUGAUUUUCAUUGUUAAAAAUGGAAGCCUCAUCUGAUGAGGAGGCAAUAGUUUUGGCGUGCAUACAUGGUUGCGGACUUAUUUUACACUGUCGUAUUCUCUUUCAAACAGCAUGAAUGUGAGUAUGAUGAAAUUCAAAUUACCUGAUGCUCCUAGAGCUUUACCGAUGGCCUCCCAUGAAUUUUUGAUUUUCUUCUGAUCUGAAUGUGCCGCAUCCUGCGGAUCGUAGAGGUGAGGGAAAGCCCUCACUUUCUCAAUUAGAACUUCGUCCUCCAUUAUUAGUGAAGACCGUAGACAGAAUACAAACAGAAUAGGAAAAAAAUUGAUCUUUGUUUAAAUCACAACACAGCGCGGUGAAAGAGCGUGCGCAGUGCAUGAGCAAUCAAAACAAAACUGGAGAUCGGCAUCCGUCUUCCGUCUCCGAUCUUGCUCGUAAAGCAGUGAGCAGACAGAAUCCGGCCCGCACCGGUCCGGCCCGUACCGGCCCGUCGUACGGGCUCGGCUGGUAGGUGACGGGACGGUCAAUUCGCGCACACAGAAGUCAGCCCUGUCACCAGUGACGGGCCGUCUUUAAAAUGUGAUGAAUUCUCGCGGCAUUUGUAUUAUCACAUGAACUUUUCGCGCUUUUCUUAUUAGGGGAGCGAUCAGCAGGUUGCAGUGGGCAUGCACUAGUGUCUGAUGGAGAUUUCAUCGAGUGACGAGGACAUCGUGCUCGCUUUGUUACUGGCUGAUGAAGAAGAAGAGCUGCAGCAAAAUCGGCGACAAAUUUGGACACAUCCAAUAAAUUUGAGGAGACCUGAACUUGGCGAGUUCAAUACUUUGUUCCCAGAUUUACUUAAUGACGAACAGCGAUUCUUUAAAUUCUUUAGAAUGAGUGCUAAUAAAUUCUUUGAGUUAGUGAACACGCUUCCGGGACUACAAAAACAGGAAACCAAUUACAGGAAAUCAAUUUCGCCGAUGGAGAGACUCGCAGUGACAUUAAAAGUUCUCGGGCAUGGAGACUCAAUCUACACCACCGCAUGCAGCUACAGAAUGGGAGAGUCCACCGUUCGAGGCAUAGUUUUCGAAACGAGCAAGCUAAUUUGGGAAACGCUGAAAGACACCUGGAUGCCGAAACCAACUGAAGAAACUUGGCUGCGAAAUGCAGAAAGAUUUUGGACUCUGUGGAAUUACCCUAAUUGCAUUGGGGCGAUUGAUGGAAAGCAUGUAGUUUUUGAAAAGCCAAGAAAAUCGGGUUCACUAUUCUUCAAUUACAAAAAAGAAUUCAGCAUUGUUCUACUAGCCCUUGUAGAUGCAGAUUACAGAUUCAUCACCGUCGAUGUCGGCUCAUACGGCCGAAAUAGCGAUGGUGGCAUUUUCAGAUCCUCAAGUCUGGGAAAAUCCCUGGCUAAUGGCACUCUCAAUAUUCCUCCGCCAAAAGCGUUGCCUUACUCAGAGGUUACUGUGCCGAUGGUGAUCGUUGGAGAUGAGGCGUUCCCGCUCUUGACUAAUUCUAUGAGACCCUUUCCUGGUGCUUAUCUCGGAGAUGACGUUCCAAAAAAGAUAUACAAUUACCGUCAUUCCAGAGCGCGAAGAGUCAGCGAAAAUGCAUUUGGCAUUCUCGCUAAAAAAUUCAGAAUUUAUGGCAAAAAAUUCAGCUUUCAGCCCGAGACCAUGGAUUAUAUUAUACUCGCGACUACGAUCCUACACAAUUUCCUGAGAGACGAUAAAUGUUGCUGGCAACCAGGCGAAUUUGAAAUGGAUGCUGUCACUGAAGGCCUGGGAGAAAUCCCAGGGAUAGGAGGUAACAACCCACGAGAUGCUUUCGAAAUCCGUGAUAUUUACAUGGCUUACUUUAUGUCAGAAGCUGGAUCGGUCCCAUGGCAAUGGCAAGCAACAUUAUCAGCUCAAAGAGACACCUAAUUAAUAAGAAUAGAAAAAGUCCUUCCUCUGAAGAAACUUAAAACUCAAUAUAGUUUUUUCACUCUCGCUCGGUUUUAGAUUUUAAUAGAAAUACUUAUUCGUGUUUUCCAAAGUAUCGGACUGAUCCUUCAAUGUCAUCCACUCUUUUUCCGGCGUGUGCCAUACCAGAAAUGUCAUUUUGAACUCGAAUAAAUCAUUGUUUAAUGGUAAAAAAAAAACAAAAAACAACAGAA